GGGCGCUGGGGCCGCUCCUGCCCGCUACCUGCGCAAGUGCAGAGGGCUCUUCCGGCGCCUCCCCAGACAGGGAUGCUGCGGCUCUGCAGAGGGCUGAGGCAGGUCGUGGCAGAACCCAGUACCUGGGGUUCAGCUCGGCUUCCUCUUGACGCCGAGAUGCCUAAGAAGGCUGGUGCGACGACCAAGGGUAAAAGCCAGAGCAAAGAACCAGAGAGACCUCUUCCUCCCUUAGGUCCUGUGGCAGUUGAUCCUAAAGGUUGUGUCACCAUAGCCAUCCAUGCCAAACCUGGCUCCAAACAAAAUGCUGUAACAGAUUUGACAGCAGAAGCUGUAAAUGUAGCUAUUGCAGCACCUCCAUCAGAGGGAGAGGCUAACGCUGAGCUCUGUCGGUAUCUUUCCAAGGUCCUAGAACUCAGGAGGAGUGAUGUGGUUUUGGAUAAGCUCUGCUAUUCCAUUCCUCAACAAUUGGAGGGGACUCAGGAGGGCGUUUUAGAUAUUCCUGAUAUUCCUUGUCAUCUUCUGUGAAUCUACUAGCAAACA